AUGGCUGACAGCGCAGAGCCCGCGGCUCCCGACGCCGGUCCCGCCGCGGCUCCGGAUGCGGGUUCCACCGCGGCCCCUCCGGGCUCGCCGGCGCAGGAGCGGCGGGCGGGCGGUUCCUCCGGCACGGGCGCGGCCAUGCCGCGGCUGCCGCUGGGCGGCCCGGGCGGGGCAGCGGGGAUGUCGCUGCCGCGGCUGGAGAAACCGAUCAAGCAGGCCUUCUACAACACCGGGGCGCUGCUCUUCGCGGGGCUGUGCUGCGGCGCCGCCGUGCUCGUGUACUUCAUCCUGGAGGCGUUCCUGCGGCCGCUGCUCUGGGCCGUGCUCUGCGGCACCUUCCUGCACCCCUUCAAGACCUCGCUGACGGCGCUGGGGCGGCGCUGGCUCGGCCGCCUGCACCGCUCCCGCACCCCGGUGCUGCUGGCCGCCCUCCUCCUGCCCAUCUGCUUCGCCAACUACGGCGUGGAGGCGCUGGGCGAGCAGGUGCUGCGGCGGCGGCGGCUCCUGCUGCUGCUGGGCGCCGGGGGACCGCUGCUCUACGGGCUCUACUGCCUGGGCAGCUCCCUGGGCGUGCAGGUGCUGCUGGCACAGGCCGCCCGCAUCAUCUGCCAGGGACUCGACUACUUCAGCAGCCAGUGGAUAUGGACAUUGGUAGUUGGUUACCUGCUGAUGGUUUCAUUCAAGUGGAAUGUAAGCACUGAACGUUACUUAAAAGCAGUCUCUGUUCCUGUCUGGGUUAUGCUGCUCUUUCACUUAGCUUCUGUGGCAGGUUCCUGGAGAAUUCCUGUAUUUCUGGUUAUAGUUGUUCUGAUGACUGUAGGCAUGUUGCAUGAACAACAGAAUGGAAAGGAGUCUUCUGGGGCAGAGCUUCCUGGUCAGAUGAUUUCCAUUGCUGCUUCAACAAUUGCUAUGGCAAUUUCAAUGACAGAAGAUGAGUCCAAUAAUGAACAUUCCUCCCAACCCUCAGGAACAACAGCAGACAGUGAUCAGCCUCCACCUCCACGAGCUUCAUCAUCUUUCAGUACCCCCUCUUCAUCAUCUGGGAACAGACAAAGACCUGAGAUUGGAUCUUUUCUUAGAAAAAAGAAAACUAGUGAUAUUUACUUUGUUACUCUUGUGUGGGCCAUUGUCAUUGUUCAGAUCUGGCUAAAUUUUUGGAUUGUACAGCUAUUGCCAGUGCCUUUUGCAGUUUGGGCACUUAAAAAGUUUGUGGUUCAUUUUGGAGUUUUGAACUUCAUGGCAAACCACUGCAAAAGUUGGUGGCAACUCAUUGAAAAUUUUGUGAAAGAACGUCAGGAAGCUCUUGCCCCACGGCCCAUCAGAGGACUUGGAAGUGUUAUGCUAAAGCUUGACAGUAAGCUGUGGCACUGGCUUAAUAAGAAGAUUAUCAUAUGGUUGGAGAAAAUGCUAGAUAAAAUAAUCAGCAUUUUCAUAAUAUUUUUGCUGGUGAUUGGAACCCUUCUGCUAGCUCUACUCCUUACUGCAAAGGUGCAUCAAGAGAGUGUUCACAUGAUUCAAGUCACAAGCAGCUUGAUCAAUGAGACAGUAGCCAGUCACCCAGAAUGGGCAAACUGGCUCCCAGAAGCCCAGGUCAUUCAGAAGGCACUCAAUUCUGCAGCUAACAAUGUGUACCAGUAUGGCCGAGAAUGGAUCACACACAAGCUCCAUAAAAUUUUAGGAGAAAAAGUAAAUAACACUGCUGUGAUUGAAAAACAAGUGCUGGAGCUCUGGGACAGGCUUUAUCACUCUUGGUUUGUGAAGAAUGUAACACAUUCUGGAAGACACAAAGGACACAAGUGGCACAUAAACCGUCAAAACAGCUGGCUUGGAGAUAUUCUGGACUGGCAAGAUGUUGCAUCGUUUGUUCACGAUAACAUCGAAACAUUUCUCUCGAUCCUGGAGUCUCUGUGGAUAGUGAUGAGUCGCAAUGUGAGCCUCUUGUUUACUACAGUUACAGCAUUAGUGACAAUCCUCUUCCACAGCGGGACAGCUCUUCUCAAUUUUGUGCUUUCAGUGGUGAUUUUUCUGACCACGCUUUUCUACCUGUUGAGCUCCAGUGAUGAGUAUUACAAGCCAGUAAAAUGGGUGAUAAGCCUGACACCUUUGUCUCAGCCAGGGCCCUCCUCAAAUAUAGUUGGCCAAUCUGUGGAGGAAGCAAUAAGAGGUGUGUUUGAUGCUUCCCUCAAAAUGGCUGGGUUCUAUGGACUCUACACUUGGCUGACUCACACUAUAUUUGGGAUUAACAUAGUCUUCAUACCAUCUGCAUUAGCAGCAAUCCUUGGAGCAGUGCCAUUUCUGGGGACGUACUGGGCAGCAAUCCCUGCAGUCCUAGAUUUGUGGCUUGUGCAAGGACAGGGAUGCAAAGCCCUUUUGCUCCUGGUUUUUCACCUCUUGCCAACCUAUUUUGUAGAUACAGCAAUUUAUUCAGAUAUAUCAGGAGGUGGUCACCCUUACCUGACAGGCCUUGCAGUAGCUGGUGGAGCAUAUUACCUGGGACUGGAAGGGGCCAUCAUAGGACCAAUUCUACUUUGUAUACUUGUGGUUGCUUCCAAUAUAUAUAGUGCCAUGUUGGUGAGUCCAACAAAUUCUGUGCCCACUCCAUCACAAGCAACGUGGCCAUUACAGAUUUACCGGUCACCUAGAGAGAGUCCCGAGGAGGUGAAAAUGUCUGCAGAGUGA